GAGUGAAAACCAUAUCAUGACGUGACCGCAACAUUAUCAAAUCAGAUCUUUGAAUAUUAAUAAGACAUACUUGAUCGCAAACAGAUUCAGUUCUUAAAAAAAUCUCGAACAAAUAGCAGGAAAAUUUUAUCGUUAAAAUUUAAAGAAACGAGACUAAACUUAUUCAACGACGAAGCGUAGGGAAUUGGUACUGGUAAUUGAAGUGUGACACAAGUGAAACAUUUUUGAUAAAAGAAGAAAAUGAUUGAAUCGACAGACAUUGUUCCAAUUCCAACAACCCAUGAAAAUGACUCGGCUACAGCUGAGUCCAAAUCAGUUGAGAUACCUCUUGAUGUCAUGAAUGCCCCUGAAAAUAAAUCAACCAGCUUGGAUACCACAGAUCAAGGAUGUGUUAAAUGCAAAGUAACGGACAUAUCCUUGUCGUUGUCGUCUGAAGAAGAUGAUACAGAACAUGGAAUUCCACUAGAUAUGGAUAAAAAGUCGAAUAGACAGUAUAAAGGCAUGAUGGAUAUUGCAUUGCUCACCGCAAAUGCGAAUCAAUUACGAUUUUUGAUAACUUACAAUUCAAAAGAAAAGACAUUCAUCUUCAGUGCUACGUUGAUAAUUCUAUCGUUAAUCAUUCAAGUUGCUGUUGGAAUAGGAACAAUUUAUAAGCGUUACGUGAAGAAAAAAGGCAAAAAAUGUAAAGCAGAAAAAGUGAACAGUCUAGUGAUUUGUGGGGUAUUCUGUUUGGCAUUUUUAAAUGUUCUCAUUGUAUCGUUUACAGCUUAAUAAAACUCAAAUACAAAAACCA